AUGAAGUCCAUCUCCCCUCUCGUUUACGGUGCCCUGGCUUUGGCCUCGACCACCUACGCGGCAUCCAUCCCCAAGGCUUCUGCCCGCACCGCCGAGACAGCCUCGACCUUCGACUACUACAACGGCACCUGCACCGCCGACAAGGUGUCCAUCCGCAAGGAGUGGCGGGAUCUGACCACCACGCAGCAGAAGGCUUAUCUCGAUGCGGAGAACUGCCUCAUCAGCCUUCCUGCCAAGUCGGGCUUGACGGCCACGACCAACCGCUUCAGCGACCUCCAGGCCCUGCAUCGCUACAUGACCAACACCGCUGUUGGAGAUAUCAUCCACGAUGUGGGUCAAUUCCUCCCUUGGCACCGGUACUACAUGCACGUGCAUGAGACCCUCCUCAGGGAGGAAUGCAACUACACCGGUCCCCUUACCUACUGGGACGAGCGUCUCGACGCCGAUACAGGCGAUAUGUUCAAUUCCGCCAUGUGGGACGCCGAGGCCUUCGGUGGCAACGGUUCUGGAGCUGACGGGUGUGUGGUGGACGGCGCGUUCGCCAACUACACCGAGCACAUCGGACCCCAGAACGAGGACACCACCUACUGCCUGAACCGCGACUGGGACAACGCCUGGGCUCUGGAGAUGGCUAACAGCACGGUCAUCUACGAUAUCUGUGGUGUGUACAACACGUACUCGCCCUGGUGGUACUGCAUUGCCGAGCUGCCCCACAAGGGUGUGCACACGGCUGUUGGUGGAGUGAUGGCCGAUAUCAAGUCCUCCCCGGGUGACCCGACUUUCUUCAUGCACCACACUUACAUCGACAAGGUCUGGUUUGACUGGCAGAGAGCUGACCCCGAGUCCCGUCUGUACCAGAUCAGCGGACCCUCCGUCAACGAGUCGGCCAACGUGGAGCCUGCUACCGGCUGGAAGAACACUACCCUCGACUACGUGCUGAGCUCGUACGGUAUCCUCCCCAACGUCACUGUUGAGACCGUGAUGAACCCCAUGGGUGGCUACCUGUGCUAUGAUUACCUGACCUAA